AUGUUCAAGUUCCAUUUGCUAGUUUUCAUUGCACUCGUGCCAUCCUCGUUGCUGGCUGAAGUUUACUUCAGCGAAUGUCCUAACGGAGCGCCAACCCCACUGCUGCUAAAGAUCAACGAUUGCAUCGCAGAUGAAUGUAACCUGGUGGCUGGAGAACCCCUGACAGUCGUCGCUAGUGGCAUCGUGAGUCCUGUCGACAGUUCUUCCGCUACUGCCCACAUUUCGGCGUUUCUCGACGGUUUGAAUUUGGGCUUCGAAAUUCCUCCUCAUCUGGAGGAUGCCUGCUUGAAUGGAAUUGAAGAAGGCUGUCCCCUAGCUGAGGGAUCAGCGUUUAGCUAUUCACUAGUCAGUGACAGCUUGGAGGCUCCGGCCAGAGGUGUAUCGGUAGAAAUCGAGGUUGGGCUAGUUGGAGACGGUGGCGUCCCGUUGGUUUGCGUGAGAUUCAACGCGGUAAUCAACUGA